AUGAAUAAGAAAGAUGAUCCUUAUUAAUUAAAUAUUAGUUAUGAAACUGACCCAAUCAAGACUAAUGUUAUGAGCCAUGGAUAACAAUUAAGUUCACAGGGAAUUGAGAAUCAAAUGAACCUCCCCACAGAGCUUGAUGAUUAUGAAGGGCCAACUCUUUUUUAUUGUAAUCAUUGUAGAAUGGAUUCGGUUUCCACUUGUGAAUUUGAGGCUUCAGGUUAAACAUUUCUUUGUGCCUUUCUUUUAUUUUUUAUUCUCAAUAUUUUUGGUUGUCUGAUUCCUUAUAGUUCAAAUGCAUGUAAAAACAGAAGACAGAUAUGUCCAAGAUGUAGAAAUGUGAUAGGAAUCAAAUAUUAUAAUGCAUGUGCAUGUUGA